AUUUCUGCUCAAGCUGCUAGAUGUGUAAAGAGUCGAUAUUCCUUAUAGUUCAACAGUGAUGCCAACAGUGCAGAGCACCUUGAGAGGCACAAGACAAUGAAGAAAAUGGUUGCUGUGACAGUGUUUGACCAGAUGAUGGAGACAAAGUAAACCAUAUGUUUUUAUUUAAUUUUAAGAUCUCCCACUGAAAUCUAUUAUCUCACUAGCAGUGGGUGAUUUGAGCUCCAAUGAUUAAAGGUAUCACUUAGUCUAUCCCAUGAAAAUCAUGGAGCGUAGUGUCAUGGCAGCUGCACUCACGUAAAUAAAUAAUAGGGAAAAAAAUGCAUCUGAAGUUAGCGGAUGGUGCAUCAUGAUUGGGGGCUUUGCUUCCUCUGGGUCUAAACAGCUCAACAUCAUAUAGGGGAGAAAUAAGUUCUUUAUUAAGGCGUCUUACAGGAUAGUGUCAGGGUGGCUGUCCGUCUGCUGAAGCUCGGUAGAGGCUCAGUGAUGAUGAUAGUCAACAGUUACACUGUGUUUCUGUAAGUACAACAAGAUAUGUGACAUAAUUUCACAUAGAUUAUGGCAACAUACUAGUUUGUGGUAUUUGCAGCUCAUUUAAAACAAAGCAUCGCCAAAUCAGCAUUUUAAUACCUACACUAAUUCAAUUUUGUGAUUACAAAAUUCAAAUUGCUAAAGUCAUAUUUGUAUUGGGGCUACCAGCAAAUCCGACGACAAAUAAUAUUCCAACCCUGAAAACCUGUCCACACUGCACAGAGUGUGUCAGGAACAGAGGUUAAUAGGGGCCACGUUGCUCAUUUUUGUCCUGGUGCCCCCUGCAAGGUGAAUCUGGCCUUCAUGGACUCCAUGGGUUGAAUGGGCUCAUAAUGGGCCUCAUUCACCAACCAUUCUUAAGAAGAAAUUUCUUCUUAAAACCCACUUACGCUCUUUUUACGCAGAUUCUGACAUUCACCAUUUGAGUGCUGACAUUAUUGAGCAAAAUAACUGGUUAUUGCGUUUUCUUCUGUUCUACAGUUUUAUAAUUACAUAAUUAUUAUAGAUAAUAUAUUACUUAAAUUACAAUAAUAUUUUUGUCGUUAAUAUUUAAAAAAAAAAACAAAAAAAAAAAACACGACCCUUCAGUCUCAUGUCUUUAAAAGGCCAUAUUUGGGCGUUUACCUACGCUAAUGGGGCCAACUGGCACACACUUUCAAUUACGAGGAGACUGGCAUUCAUCAAUCUAAGAACACAGGUGCGCACAAUUCUGCGGUUUAAGAAUACGUUCAUGAAUCUGACGUAGAUUUUUCUUAAGGACUUUCUUAAGAACAAUUUAAGAAAGAAUUGAAGAAAAUACUCAACGUAUUGGUGAAUGAGCCCUGAUGUGAGGAACUGUCAAUGAAUCAGUUUCUUCAAUGACAGAUGUUGCGUUUACUGUAGGCCUACUUGUGAAUAGUUAUUCUAAGACGAGUGUGUUUUGUUGCAGUGUGAUGUGCCCGUCCACCUGCAAACCACCAACAACAGCACAGGAGGGAGAAUCUCUGCAGGUCUGAAGCCUGGAGCUUGCAGACAGUGUCCAUGCUACAGAGACGACCCGUUUAACGGGGAUCCACAUUACCAUACACAUUUAAACUUGAUGCAGAAAAUGGUAGGUGACCAUGACAAUCGUGAGGUGGAGAUGAUGCCGUCAUCCAACAUGGAUGAAGAAAUUGGGGGAAAUGGAGUGGGAGACCAUCUCAAUCACAACCCAGUCCACAAACCAUAUGUGGCUCAAAAGUUUGGAUGUACCCCCAAGAACCUCUGCUUCAUGGCAGCUGCAACCCUCCUCAUCUUUAUCAUUGGAUACUUAAUUGGCUACCUGGUCCAUCAAAAGAAAGACUUGGUUCCCAGCCCUGCAGUCUGCAUGCUCCCAACUGAACAACCUACUCUCCAUGAGACCGGUGCUGCCCCUCUUAUGGACUGGGACGAUGUCAAAGAGCUUUUGGCUGAAAAACUCACUGCAACCAAAUUUGAACCUGUCUUUAGUGAGUUUACCAGCAACAGCCAUCAGGCUGGUUCUCUGGGAGAUGAAGAUCUGGCGAUCAAGGUGAUCAAAAGGUUUAAAGAGUACGGCAUGAACACCUGGACUGAUGAGCACUUUGUUAAGGUUCAGGACCCCCCAGCUUCUGGCUCCAACAGAGUUGUUUUCAAGGACGGGAAAGAGGAGCGCCCAAAUGGAUUCCUGUCCUACAGUGCUAAUGGAACAGUAACGGGUGCCGUUGUGUAUGCACACUAUGGGCAGGAAAGCGACUUAACGUUUCUGCAGGGCAGGAACAUCAACCUGAAUGGCAGGGUUGUGCUGGUCAGAGCUGGUAGGAUCAGUUUUGCUGAGAAGGUAGCCAAUGCUGCCAAAAUGAAUGCCUCUGCUGUGUUGAUCUAUGCAGACCCCUUGGAUUACUCUAUCGGAGACACCACUCAGCUCUUUGGACAUGUCCACAUGGGUUCAGGGGACCCUUACACGCCAGGCUUCCCCUCCUUCAACCACACCCAGUUUCCUCCUGUCCAGUCUUCAGGUCUACCAACAAUCUUGGCUCAGACCAUCACAACAGCUAUGGCUACUAGCAUUCAGAGGGGGCUUGGGGGUCAGAGUGGGCCGGCAGAAUGGGCACUCUACCAUAAACUUGGAGACGACACAGAUGUUAUCACCGUGGAGGUCGACAAUGUUCUUACUGAUAAAAAGAUACAUAAUGUCUUUGGCGUGAUCAAAGGCUUUGUGGAUGCAGAUCGGUAUGUGGUCAUCGGUGCCCAGAGAGACGCAUGGGGUCCAGGUUUUGCAACAUCAACCGUUGGCACUAGCGUCCUCGUUGAGCUGGCUCGUUCCAUCUCAGACAUGGUGAAGAAUGAUGGAUUCAAGCCAAGGAGGACGAUUGUGUUUGCUAGCUGGAGUGCUGGAGAAUAUGGGAGCGUUGGUGCCACCGAGUGGUUGGAGGGUUAUCUGUCUUCUCUGAACAUGAAAGCCUUCUCCUACAUCAACCUGGACGGUGUUGUAACAGGUCGCAGUGGAUUUAAAGUAGCAGGCAGUCCCUUGAUGCACGGCCUGAUCGAGAACACUCUGAAAGAGGUGAACUUCGGCAAGGAUCAGUCUCUCUUUACUCAUUUUGGAAAGGGUAACUGGGAAUCAGAUGUUUUGGAGCCUCUGAAGUUGGAUAACGCUGCGUAUCCUUUCCUGGCCUUCUCUGGCAUUCCCUCAGUCUCAUUUAGAUUCACCUCUGGUAACUCAGACUACCAAUACUUUGGCACAAUGCUGGACACCAGGGAGAAGCUGAACUCGGCCACGGCCAACCAGGUUCCUCAGCUGGCUGUAACAUCGGCCCGGUUCGCAGGUCACAUUGCGCUGAGGCUGGUCCAUGAUCAUCUGUUGCAGAUGGACCUGGGGAAGUACGAGAAGAUUAUACGUACUCAUGUGGCUCAGAUCAAUACGAAAGUGAAGAAUGUUCAGAGGAUGAAGCCCCAGCUGUUGCCCAAGGCGCUGACAGUGCAGUGGUUGAUCUCAGCCUAUGGCUCCUACAGCCGUGCCUCUCGCAACCUGGCAACAGAAAUCCAGAACAGUGACCUGGAGGACAUCGAGAUGUGCCGCAUCAUCAAUGACCGCAUCAUGGCGGUGGAAAGGAACUUCCUGUCACCCUACGUGUCUCCCAAAGAUAGUCCUUUCCGCCACAUCCUGCUGGGCUCUGGCCCCCACACUGUCACAGCUCUGUCCAACCAUCUCGACGCCCUCAGGAACGACGACCCCGAUUCGGACGCCGACUUGUUCCGCAACCAGUUUGCCUUGGCGACCUGGACCAUUCAGGGCUGUGCCAACUCAUUAGCAGGCGACAUCUGGUCCUUGGAUAAUGAAAUCUAAAAAAUAUCCCCCCUGUUCCCUUGUUCAUGGUUUUGCCCUCUUAUCACAACUGGCAGUGUGAAAACCAGAACACAUCACCUAUGUUCAAAAAUUUUCAACAUUUCAGCUGCCUCAUCUCCCUCCUUUCCGUAAUUCUCCAUAAGGCCAAAUAUUAAUGAUAAAAUGUGUGUAAGCCUUAUGAAUAACAAAAUCGUUCAGUUGUUUCAGGAGGUUAUUUUUUUCCACUGCUUUAGAAAGAGAAAUUCUUUUAUUUUAACAUGUGGCACUUAAAUACCACAAUAUUGAGAACUUGAAUGCUAGUAACAACGAGACAGCACAGAAUACCAAGAAGUAGAUUACUACCACAACAUACAUUAUUUUGGGCAAGGUUUUGAUUUUCAAAGAAGCUGCUAGAUGUGUGAAUAGUUAAUACUCCUUAUGAUUCAACAGUGAUGGUAUUGCUGACAGUGCAGACCAUCAUGAGAGGCUCAAGACAAUUCAGAGAAGAAAAUUGUUGUUGUGACAGUGCUUGACCAGAUGAUGGAGACAAAGUAAACCAUAUGUUUUUCUUUUACUUCAAAAGGAGUACAAUGUGUAACUUCAUUCAUUUGUCAGUUUUGAAUUGUUGGGUGAAGCAGCAACUAAUAAUUUGAAUUGAAUGUUUUAGAAUUCAUUAUACAAACCAAAUCACUCUGCUCUGUUUGUUGAGGCUGCAGCCACUAAGUGUAGUAAUAUUGCAAAAUUGUGGCAUGUUCCUUUAAGAGUGGGCUGACAGCCUGAAUGUGAAGCAGAGAUGUGAGAGAAAUAAAGAUGCCUCACCUCGCUGCUGAUUCUUUCUGCAAUAAACACUACAAUGAUAGAUAUGGGCAGGAUUUGUAGUGGGGCAAGUAGAGGUAUAUCACAACAUAGUAUUAACAGGAAAUGUCCGAAGAUGGAUUAGUUUUACUAUAAACUGUAGUUGCUUUUACUUAUAGGCUAAAAAAAAUCAAUAAAUGCCUAUUUACACAACAAUGAAAAUAAAUAAAGAUGGUACAAAUAUUUCUAAAUAAACAAGCAAUUUGUCAAUUAAGCAUGAUCUUUUUGGUAAUGCUUUAGCAUUAUUAGUGUUUUCUAUUUUAAAUAUACUCUAAACAUUUUUGACACCCCUUCCUUUUCUCGUCUUUUUAAAGCAAAAUAAUAUUGUAACUAGAAAUUUAACAUAUUCCCUCUUGCAAUAAAGAAUGAAUACAACAAUG